UGAGUCGCGUCCACCUCCAGUCGCGCUUCCCUCAAAAAUUUCCCGAUCCCACCUUCUUCGCGUGUUCCCGUUUCCUUUGAAAGAACAGACCAUCGGUGCCCAAACACUCCACUCAACCCAACCCACCACCUCUAUCUCUUGACCUCGACCAACACGAUACCCAAAUAAACAAACAAACACGAGGAAUCGAACAAACAUUUUGGGAUGGCUGGAACCAUGGAAAACCAGCUCCUGGCCCUGCUAGGAGACACGCAGCUCUCCGCCGAAGCCCCCCGCAAACAAGCAGAGCAGCACCUCGAGCAGGCCAAAACCAACCCCGCGUUCCCAGGCAGUUUGGCCGCGAUUGCGAGCCAUUCCAAUGUCAGCCCGCAGAUUAGACAGAGUGCACUAUUGCUGCUACGGACGUUCGUGGAGCGCAAUUGGAGUGGAGAGAGUGAUGAUGGGCCGGCGGUGCAGAUUGAUGAGCAGGUCAAGGAGGCGCUGAGAGGGCAGAUGUUGGAGCUAGCUACGAGUGGUGAUGCGGAUAGAAAGAUCAAGAGUGCGGCUUCGUACGUGGUGAGCAAAAUCGCAAAUGUCGAUUACCCUGAUCAGUGGCCGAAUCUCCUCCCUGCCAUCUUACAUCUUAUUCCGAAAGCUACGGACGACCAGCUACAUGGUGCAUUAAAGGUGCUUUCGGAUUUGGUGGAGGAUUCUCUGAGCGAGGACCAAUUUUUCUCUGUUGCGCGGGAUAUUGUCAAGGUCGUCUACGAUGUUGCGAUCAGCGAUUCUCGGAAGCUUCUUCUACGCGCCCUGGCCGUUUCAGUCUUCCGCGGAACAUUUGAUAUUAUGGAUAUGGUCAAGGAUGAGCAUGGACCAGAAGUGAAAGGCUUCGCAGACGAGGUUUUGAAUGCCUGGAGUCCAUUCUUUAUGGAGAUUAUGAAGAAAACACUACCUGCGAGACCGGCUGGUGGUGAUGAAGGAUAUGAGAGUGGACGGGACGACCAUCCUGAAGCUUGGCGAGGCUUAAUUGCUCUCAAGCUUCAGAUCGUUAAAACCUUGAUGAAGAUCCGCUCUGUAUUCCCACAGCUAUUGCUUCCGCAAAGCCCUGUCCUCUUCAGCGCAACUUGGGCAGAGCUUUCGUUACUUCAGGAUAACUACCAGGAUAUGUAUGUGGACAAUGACGAGCAGGGACGCUUAGAGGAUGCGGACGGUCUACCAUACACACUGGACUUUUUGGUUCUGGAAGAACUUGAUUUUUUGCAAUCCUGCUUGAGAGCACCACCUGUCCAAAAGGAACUCGAGGCACAAAUACAACAACAAGGAGGCGUUUCUGGAACUUCGUGGGUUAUGGACGUCAUGAAGUUGGCCGUUGGAUAUGCACAAAUUCCCAAGGAGGAGGAAGAUUUAUGGGAUAUUGAUGUUAACCUGUUUUUGGCUGAAGAGACUUCAGUCACGGCAAAUUACACCGCUCGUACAGCUUGCGGUGAUUUGCUGAUCAAGUUGGGCGAGUGGCUUCACCAAGGUGCUUUGGAGGGUUUAUUGGCAUACACUCAGGUUCUCUUCGCUGCUGAGGCAGCUACCUGGAGAACAAAGGAAGCAUCCUUGUUUCUUCUCACCCAACUUCUGAGCGAUUUCCUAGAUGUUGAGAAAGCGAUUGCGCCAGAGGUUGCUGCUGCGUACUUACCAUUGAUUGACUACGCCAUCAACCGGACCGAGGAGCCUCUUCUCAGAGCCCGUGGAUAUCUGAUAGCAGGUAUUCUCGUGCAAAGCAUUCCAGAUGUUGCACUUGGACUUCUCGAUCGCACAAUCAAGGGUGUCAACACUGAUGAAGCCGAAGUUGUCAAGGUAUCCUGCAUCAAGGCCCUACAAGGUUUCAUCAGUGCGCGCACAGUACCGGCUGAUCGCCAAGUACCUAUUGUUGCAUGCAUUUCGGAAUAUUUGUACGCAAAGGACUUGACUGACCUCGAGGAUGCGGAUGAUUUGUUACUCACUCUCGUCGAAACUCUUCGCGCUGCCAUCACUAUGGACCCCAGAAUUACGAUUACUGGUGAGAGUGGGGCUUUGGACCUGUUGUUUAUUCUCGCUAAACACGGAGCCGCUACUUUCCAAUUGACGAUGUUAGUCAGCGAGACUUUCGAGGAGAUUGUUACUUCGUUGUCAAGCCCAGACUCUUACACUGCUUUAUGUGCAAAGGUCUUACCUUCUCUAACUGGUGCCUUUGAUGUUGGUAAUAUGACUGGUGAUGAUCCUCUAGUCGAGCUUGCCACCGAAUUGCUGACUGUCCUCACUCAAAAUGGAUCGGAACCGCUUCCACCUGGAUAUAUUGCAGCGGCGCUACCAAAACUAAACCGCCUUCUCAUGGCCACCGUAGAAGGUGGUGUAUUGCGACCUGGAGCAGAGGCAAUCAAAUACAUGCUUAUGCAUGACCAUCAGCAAGUAUUUGCCUGGCACGACGAGUCCAAUCGAUCAGGCCUUGAGGUUUGUCUGAUAAUUAUCGACAAGCUUCUCAGUCCCGCGAUUGAAGACAACGCCGCUUCCGAAGUUGGCGGUCUUGCCGCCGAACUUGUGGAGAAAGCUGGUCAAGAACGUCUUGGACCGUACCUUGAACAAUUGCUCCGCGCCGUCGCAUCUAGACUUGCAACAGCCGAAGCAGCACCAUUUAUCCAGUCACUGAUCCUCGUUUUCGCUCGACUGUCCUUGGUUGGAGCUCAGGAUGUGGUUGAGUUCCUUGCUCAAAUUGAGAUCAACGGCCAGAAUGGCCUACAAGUGGUCCUGAGCAAGUGGUUAGAGAACUCUAUCAACUUCGCCGGGUAUGAUGAAAUUCGACAGAAUGUCAUCGCCCUUUCAAAACUCUAUACAUUGAAUGACCAACGAGUCGUCCAAACAACAGUCAAAGGUGACCUCAUAAUCCCCAAAAGCGAUCGGAUCAUGACCAGGUCACAAGCCAAACUAAGUAGCUUCCCUGCUCACGAUCCCCUUCCCAUCCUAUCUUGGAACAUAUAUACUAACAAACGAUCCCCACAGACCCCGACCAAUUCACGAUUAUUCCCGCACCCCUUAAAAUACUUAAAGUCCUCAUCGAAGAACUCUCCUCCGCAGCUGGACAUGGCUCCUCCGCAGCGGCAGCAGCAGCUGCAGCCGCCGAGUUUGCAGAUGAGGAAGCCGACGACGACGGAUGGGAAGACGUCCACACCAAUGUUCUGGAUCUCGGUCUUGGUAGUACCAAGGCGGAACUUAUGGCGUAUGGUGAGGGACAGGGUAGUUUCACGAGGCAGAGAGAUGAUGAGACGCAGGCUUAUCUUACGGAGUUCUUUAUAAGGGCUGGGAGGGAGAAUUUGGCGGAUUUCAAUGCCCUGUAUGAGGCGUUGAGUGUGGAGGAGAAGGGGAAGUUGCAGGAGCUUGCACAGGGUGCUUGAGAUUCAGAGCUUUAGGAUAUCGUGAGCAUGGGUGGGAUAUCACGCCAAUGGGGAGUGGGGAGAGAAAGCUUGAGUUGAGGUAGCAAGCAGGUACAUAUAUACAUACAACAAGCGGAUGCUGGGAAUUUGUUAAAGUCAUUGUUUGGUUGUAGACUUUUGUUGUUAUUCUUCGUCCUUCACUGCUUCUAGCUUCUUCUAAGUUUUACGGCCGAUCGAAUACCUUUAUGAGAUGAGAUUAUGGAAAAGAAUGUUUGUCGAUUGGCUUUUGCUACUUCUGUUGCUGCGCUUUUGCUGGGAGGGGAGAGAAAUGGAGAGUUGAGAGUGGAGAUUGGAGUGGAUGGUGGGGUGUGGUAGAUAUUGGAAAAGUCAUGGGAUGGGAUGAGAACGAGGGGGAAUGUGAGGAAACGUGAGUGGAUGGGAUGAGAUGUGAUGAGAUGGGAUGAAGUGGGGUGGUAUGAGAUGAGGAUGAAAUGUGCUUGGGCGGGGCUAGAAGGAGGAUGCCAGGCUGGAAAGGUUUGAUUCUGAAUACCAAUGCUUAUAAUGAUAUCGAUAGAUAUCACUUGCUGGAAUAGAUGAGAUGAGAUGAGAAUGGAUACUGAAUUGCCUUCGUUAUAGAGA